CGGUAUCGAGUGCGAAAUAGCGACAUUAUAAAUACAAGUGGCGUUCGAACGCGUAUCAGACUUGUGUUGACGUUGCGACGGCCAUAUUGUGUAGAAAGAGCGGGAAAUUUUGACAGUUUGGAAAAGCCGCCAUGUUUGUUUUGAAGAUCUUCAUAUUCUGCUCAGCAUGGCUGACCAUCUCCUGCCAAAACGGGCCAACCACUACACCUGUCCCUAUCCUCAAGCAGAUAAACCGGCAAAACGACGAUGGCUCCUACAGCUACGGCUAUGAAGCGGCGGAUGGAUCCUUCAAGAUUGAGACAAAGUAUCCAAACGGAGACGUAGCCGGGAAGUAUGGAUAUGUGGACGAGAAUGGUAAAACGAGGGAGAUCUCUUACGGGGCGAGUAGCAAGAGAGGAUUCGAGCCACAAGGAGCUGGCAUCGUGGUUCCACCACCGUCCUUGAACGAGAACCCCACGAACGCGCUAGCUGACGGCCAGGAAGACGACGGACAAUACCGAGAGGACCCGAAGAUCUACGAAGAUCCUAAAUACAACGGCAGAGCCCAAUCCAGACCCUCCUUCAAACAGUUCCUCCAGCCUUCCCAACCCACAGCCCAGCCUGAACCCCAAUACCAACGAUACCAGUCCCAACCCUCUCAAUUCAGGUCUGCACCUCUUUACACCCAACAAACCAAUACAUACAACCAAUCUCCUCAACAGUUCCCGCAAGAAAGACCACAAAGCCAGAUCUUCCACCAACAGCCUCAGUUCUCCUAUCAAGCGUACACGGCACAACCCUACAAUCAAUACCAAAACCAAUACCAAAACCAACCCCAGUACCAAUCACAGAACUAUCAGCAAAAUUUCAACCCAUUCGUGGGUCACCCCGCGCAGAACUUUGACCCCAACACUGGGUCUUACACGAUCAAUUUCACUGGAUAAUUCGUGUGUAAAUGUACGCUUGAGUUUUUGAUGCCAUCCUAAUCCAAAUUAGUUAAAUUUGUACUUAUUUUGAGUUGCUCAUUCAUAAUUUUGUCAUUAAAAAAGGCUUCAAUAUUCAGAAACAUUCAAAAGUGACAAGAUGUUCUGUUGUCUCUGUCGAGAUAUUAUUAUAAGUCUCCGAGCAUUGUCAAUAUCUUGUAAAAGUAAAUCUGAAGACGCAAUUGGUUCUAUCUCACUUCUGAUCAAAUUCGUCUUAUUUUAUAGUCUAUAUUUAUAGGCCAUUGCAUGAUGUAAGCCAAAUAUCAGUCUGUCCUUUAAUCCUCCUUCCUCAAUGUAGACGUCCGCUACUUUCACUUUUAAAAGAUAAAUUCAACUAAUUUGGAUCAAAGAAAUGUGAUGAAACAACAUGUUUUGGUAUUUUUAAUGAUGUAGGUAAACUUUUUCGAAUAUAUACGUAGGGUAUCAUAUAAGGGUACUUUCCCAAAGUGAAGCGAACGAUCGAUGUGUUUGUAAAUAUUAGUGCUAGUCACAUGUUUUGUAUAAUUAUUGGAAAACGUAGCUUUAAUUUUUAUAUUUAUGUAUUUCUAAUGUUUUAAUAAUUGUAUAAAUUAUUCUAGCUAUAUGAAUAUAUAUUUUUUAAAAAUCACUUUUCUCCUAUGACUACAUUACUGAUGAUAUACCUACAUACUCAUAUUUUUAUUUUUCCUUUAUUUUACAUAUGUAUUACGUAUGUAUCCAAUACUUGUAAUAGUCAUUUUCUAUAAACAUGAUCAAAUUAUUGUAAAUCGUCUAUUUCUACAACCAUUACUAUAUGCAGUCAUAAUUAUGUCAAAUAAAUGUAAAUAACAUGUAAAACGUACAAAUUCAAAUGCAUUUUCUUACCACAAUUAUAAAAUAUAUCUGCCAUAUUAGAGAUUAUGGUCAGUAAUUUAUUGAUUGUCGAUUCUGUAUAACUCAACUAUUCACAUAUUUCACAUUUAUUUUUAUAAAACAUUAAAAAAUUACAUAUUUCUCAACUAUAUUCAUCUAUAUUUAAUCUAUUGAAUAACAUGUUAAUUAGAAUUAAGUAACUUGGGCAAUAAUAAUAAUGAAAUCGAUAAAGCAGCCAUUUUGGUGGCUACUUUGAAUACAAAAUGGCCGACGAUACGUGCAAGGAUUUUAAAUAGAUUAAAUAAUAAAAUGUUAUAUAAAUGA